CUGUUAUCGUUUAUAGGUUAGCCCAUGUGUACUCCUCCUGUGGAAUUUGUGAGAAUAAAAUUGAAAAUCUUAAUUAUCUUCAAAAACACCCACAAGUUCAGUUGAUUCUGUUUCCCUAUUCGAGUCAUGUUUUCAAGAACAAGACCUGAACACAAAGCACCGCCUGAUUUAUUUUACGAUGAAAAAGAGGCUCAGAAAUACACCGGAAAUUCCAGAAUGAUCGAGAUUCAAACCCAAAUGUGUGAGCGAGCAAUGGAAUUGAUGCUCUUACCGGAGGAUGAGCCAUGUUUUCUCUUGGACCUUGGUUGUGGAUCUGGCUUAAGUGGAAGUGUUUUAGAAGAAAAUGGUCACUAUUGGGUUGGUGUUGACAUCUCUCGAGCUAUGCUUGACGUCGCACAAGAAAGGGAAACAGAAGGUGACCUCAUUUUAGGGGACCUGGGCGAUGGCCUUCCUUUCAGAGCCGGAGCUUUUGAUGGAGCCGUGAGCAUUAGUGCGUUACAAUGGCUGUGCAAUGCGGACAAAGUCAAUCACAAUCCUCAGAAAAGACUCUAUAAAUUCUUCAGCUCACUUUUUGCCUGCUUGAGCCGAACAGCAAGAGCAGUUUUUCAAUUUUAUCCAGAAAACUCUAAGCAAGUAGAACUGAUCACAGCUCAAGCAAUGAAAGCAGGAUUCUAUGGAGGCAUUGUUAUAGACUAUCCUAAUAGUACAAAAGCAAAGAAAUUCUUCCUAGUCUUAAUGACUGGUGGUUCAGCACCUCUGCCUAAAGCGCUAGGUGUGGAAGAAAGUCUACCGCAGACACAAGCCCAGUUCACUUCUAAGAGGGAAAAAUUCAAGAAGGGAAAUCGCAAGAAUGUAAAAAGUAACAAAGAAUGGAUUCUAGAAAAAAUUGAGAGGCGGCGGAAACAAGGAAAACCAGUCAGAGAGCACCUCUCAAAAUUCACUGGACGGUCAAGACCCACAAAAUUUUAACAACUCCACUCGGAACCAACGGUUCUGUUUAUGUCAUAUUCUUGUUAUGCUUCUUCUUUUCUCUAUAAUGUGUUUUCAAUAAACUUUCUCACAGAA